AUUCGUAAAGCCACGAAGAACUAGAUUAAGUAAGAUAAAAGCCAAGAAAAGCUAGCAUUUUAAAAAUUGAACAUUCCGAGUCCGCUUCGGCAGACUUCAAAAUCGUCGAUAUUGAAAAAAAGAUUUUUUCUAAAAUGUUCACGGGUCGUAAGAAUGAGGAAUUAAGGCGAAAGACUACCAAAAUUUUAAAAGGGAACACGAAAGAUAUCCAUCCUGUUGAAAUACUUCGGUUAAAGUGUCUAUCGCGUGGAUGUGGAGGAAUUAUGGGCCUUGGAAGAGUGUUCCGUAUUAUGGAUGAUGAUGGCAACAGAAAGCUUGAUUUUGCUGAGUUCAAAAAGGGUCUUCGAGAAUACGGCCUGAUACUUGAACCAAAGGAAGUUAAAAGUAUAUUUGAUGCAUUUGAUAAGGACGGUAGUGGAACAAUAGACUUUGAUGAGUUCCUGAUUUCACUUCGGCCACCAAUGAGCAAAGCAAGAAAAAGUGUUAUUAAUCUGGCAUUUAACAAACUGGAUAAGACUGGAGAUGGACAAAUUACGGUAGAAGACCUUAAAGGAGUAUAUAAUGUCAAGCAUCACCCCAAAUACAUCAAUGGGGAAUGGACAGAAGAACAAUGCUUUAGGAAAUUUUUGGACAGUUUCGAUUCCCCAGAUGAUAAAGAUGGAGUUAUAACAUUAGACGAGUUCCUCAAUUAUUACUCUGGAGUCAGUGCCUCUAUAGAUAAUGAUGCAUACUUCGAUCUCAUGAUGAGAAAUGCUUACAAACUGAAGUAAACAAAUUUAUAAAUAGGACCCAAAUAGAUUACUAAAAUAUUAUAUUGUAUCUGUGUAUUUAGUACAGUUUAGCCAUUGUGUAAUGCUCACAAUCACUGCCAAGCCAUUUUUUAGAAUUGUCAAGAGAUUUGUAUUCGAAUAUUACUCUAAUUUUAAUUUAAACCAUUAUUAUUUACUUUUUAAGGAUGCUUUAUUUUAGACAGCACAGUGUAGAAUAGAACAAUUCUAAGGCCUUGUUUGUUGUUGUUUUUGUAUUUUGUAACGGCAUUGCUUUGGGCACCUCAAUGCAAAGAAUAAUUAAUUUAUGACAUUUUCUAUUAUUGUUAUUGUAAGUUAUUGUUUUUUGUAUUUGUAACGUUCCCAUAAGAAGCGGAAGUAAUGAAUAUUCGAAAUGAACUAAAUAUCCACUCGUUUUAGUUAGGAUGUUGACCGUUUUACUCAACUGUAAUAUAAUGCCUGUAAAUAUAGGAAAGAAAUAAACUUUAGCUAUACAUUAUU